AUGUUUAGUAUAUAUGAAUUAAUAGAAAUCAAGUUUACCCACCCAUAAAUUUUUAAUUAUUAUUUACAUAUUAAGUAAUUUUAGCGGGUAAGCAAAAUUAAUUUGUAUUUGAGUUAAAAGUUGAAGUGUUUUAUUUUUUUAUAAUUCAACGCACGAGCGCGAACCUUAACAUAUCCUUAUGGAGCAAGGAUAGCAAUAUAUCAUUCAACCACUAUUUAGAAAGAAGGCUUGAUGUAUGUAUGUAUGUAUGUAUGUAUAGAGCCUUUUAUAGAAUUUGCAUUUAGCAAUUUGUGA